GGGGAGCGAGUGCUCGCCCGCCGGCUGUGGGUUCGGCUGCGCGGCGGGGCUGAGGCGGCCGCGGUGGCCCUAGCGCAGGGAGCAGACACUGGGUUCCUGAACCUCGUUGCUGAAGACAGCCAGGACUUGAGCAAGCGCAGGGUAAAGCAGUGCUGCUUCUUGGAAAAACUGAAAAAGCUCUCUGGACGACGGGGGCCCAGAGCUGAUGGCAGACAAUGUCAGCCACUAACAACAUAGCCCAGGCUCGGAAGCUGGUGGAGCAGCUCCGCAUCGAAGCUGGGAUCGAGCGCAUUAAGGUCUCCAAAGCCUCCUCAGAACUCAUGAGCUACUGUGAGCAGCACGCCCGGAACGACCCCCUGCUGGUGGGAGUCCCCGCCUCGGAGAACCCCUUUAAGGACAAGAAGCCUUGUAUUAUCCUAUAGCUUGGUUGUCUCGCUCGCUCAACUCCUCCACCCCGCUCCCCUUCCCCCGGCCAGGGCGUCAAAUCAAGGAAAACUCUUAAUUCCGAAAGAAAUGCAAACAGUCACCACUGCCCAGAUGGGGUAAAAUUUACCGUCUGGGUUCAAAUGGAUUACCAGACCCACUAUCGCAGCCCCAUCAGGAGCUGGGCUUCACCGCCACUUCCAGCGGGGAAUAGCUGACAUGCCCCAGCAAUGUGGUGACAAUUUCUGAGAACUGAACUGCCAUUUGAGUCGAGGCUGGGGCGGAACUGGGCCGGAGGGGGGAAGGGAAGGAGGUGGGUGAAUCCGCCGCUGGCGUGGGCGGCCCGGGCAGGUGGCAAGUCUCACACCCUUGGCCGUUUGGGAAGACUUCUGCCAAGUGGAUGAUUCGAUGCUUUUCUGGGGAGGUGGGAGGCUGUUCAGUGGAGUAACAUUGGGUGGGAGUUGGGGAGAGAGACAUAACGCACCCUUUUGCGGAAAUUUUUCUCCUUUUCAUUUAAAACCUUGUAAUUCCAUACCACUAAGAUCAGGCGUCAUUGGCUGAAUCUGAGGCGAAGCCGGGUCAUCUAACAAUGCACACGUGGAUUGUAGGGGCCCGGAGGGGAGCUCUGCCUGUGAAACACUGUCCCCCAGGGCCACCCCGCUGCGUGGCUUUCCUGUGGCCUGCGUCACCCUCCAGCCGCGCUGCGGCUCCCGCCCACCCCAGAAAGGGAUUUUCAGCCUGUGGCCCCCGUCACUGUGACGUCCAGCUGUGUUUUCUUUAGUUUUAAGCAGGAGACUUUGGCGCUGGCAGUUAAGAUGCCACGGCCCUGUUUAGCUUCUCUGUGUUUUGUUUUGUUACGCUUUCUGCAUUUCCAUGGCCGUUUUUCCAACAGAAAUCCCACCUGGGGAGACCUGCCCGGGGCACCUGGUGCUUCCGGGUGUGAAAAGGUGUGGGAUUGUCUGGAAGUCGCUGCAGAAGCCGUGGAGAUGGGAGCCUCUGCCCAGACACGGAGAGGCACUCGCCGUGCUCCACUCCACUCACACCACCCGGAGUGUUUGUAAGGUGUCCUGGAGUGGCCAGUGAGGGACGGGGUGGGGGGCUUUUUACAAUGGCUGUUUCCUGUGCUGUGAUAUGGACGGUUCAAGGAGCAGGAGGCUGGAGGACUGGCCGAAUGCACACCUGCCGGGGCCACCUGCAGCCACCAGGACCCCACGGCCUGAGCUCCAGGGGCUGCCCGCUCCUACAGCCUGGCGUGUCAGGCUCCCAGGCCGAGCGCGAGGGUCCUAAGCAGCCAGCACAAGGCAUGUGGGCUGACAGGGCCCAGAGCCUCCGCUCCUCUCCUGCCCCUGGGCUCAGACCUCGCCUGGCUGCACAGGCUGGUGGGGUGCCCAGCACCCCCAGAGUGCAGGCCCAGGGCCACGCUCCCCUCCCCCAGCACCCAGCUCUCUCCGGCUGGUCCGGGAGCACCUGGGGCCUCAGGGAGCCUGGCUCCCCUGAACCUGCAAUUGGACUGGGAAGAGCUCCCGAGCCCCUGACCCCUACACUGCAGCCCAGGGUGGGGAGGCCCCACCUGCCCACCCCUGGCAGAACAACAGGAUGGAACAAAGCCUAUUCCAGAAACCCUGGGCACACCCCAGGGGUGGGGGUGGGGGCAGCCACGACACAGUGGGGCUCAGCCUGAGGGGCAGAGGGGCAGCAAGGGCAGCCUACGAGCCAUCUGCUGACCCAUCACCCUUCGCUCUGGGACAGAAGCCUUAAUCCCUUGAGCCAGAGCUCAGUCUGCGCCCGCCCAGCCUUCUUCCUGAGCCCCCACUGACCCAGGCUCCCGCCGCCAGGUCCCGAAGAGGACAAGUGGUCCUGAUCUCAUUGGGAGCACCCAGACCCAGAGCUGCCUCUCUCUCCAGCCCCUGCCCUGCCAGCACCACCAUAUGUCCCCACCGAGUGACCCUGGAGAAGCCAGCAGAAAGCAAAGCUCAGGAUCCCUGGCAGAGGGGGUUGGGGGAACCUAAGUUCAGCAAGCCCCAUCGCUGGCUCCAGGCUCAGCCAGCCAAUGGCCACCCACCCCCGCAAACCCUGAAGCAAAAUCAGACCUUGGCUAGAGCUUCCACCCUCCCCCCCUGGUUGAGACCCCAGGGACUCAGUGGUCUGGGUAAACUGAGCCCCAGAGAGCAUGGGGACCACUCUGCCCCUGCCCCAAGGCCACACCUGCCCAGCUGCCUCCCAGGUGCCCACCCACAGCCUCUGAGCCCAGGGAGGUGGCGGACAGUAGGAGCCUUGCUGUGGACUUCCUUCCAGCAGAGGAAAAUGCGCUUUUUCCCUUUCUUAUUUUUCCUCUUCAACAUCAGAGUCCCUAGGGUAGGCCUGGAGCAUCGGGGCACACAGGACACUGUUGUGCUUGUGCUUUUCUGGCAUGCAUGUUGGCAGGAAAAUAUGGUUUUCAGGGUGUCUUGGAGACUGUAAGCGCCCCAGCGCGGUGCUGGGCAAUGGCUGAGUCUCCUCUCUGAAGCCUGCAGUGCUUCCCUGGGCCAGCCCCCAUUCCAUGCCCCUGCCCCAUCCUCCCCAAAGGUGACCCCCAGGCCCAGAACGAAGUGAUUUGGUUGUGACCUCCACCCCAUGGGAAUGCAGAAGGUGUUUUUUCUUUCUCUGAUGUCCUGGCAGCUUUGUCUGGUAGUCACUGAGCCUCCAGGCAGCUCAUACAGCUCCAGCCCCCAGGUGCACGGGAAACAGUCAUUAGACCUCUGCCCCGAGCCUGAGUGAUCAGGGGCAGUUUCGGGGCCAUGGGGAGGCCACCACAGGUCACUUGACCUUCAAGAGCUUGCGGCUGGGUCCCCUGAAAAGCCAUACAUCGACACCCCGCCCACUUCCCCCCCACCUGCCCCCAUCCCUGGAGACUAUUGCCAAAUGUUGUAAAGACUGGUCACCAGGUUCUCAGAAGCAAUCUGUGGUUCUAGCAGGUUCUACCCCAUCUGUGUGUGGAUGUCCAGUGGUUUUUAUUUCUGAUUAAAAAAAAAAAAAUCCAGGUGUGCCACACCCUCUUUCCUGCAGUGUUUUAAUAUCGUGUGGAAUUGUUACUACCUAGUGAAUUAAUCCACAAUAAAAAGGCUCACUGCUCCUUUC